CCAGAGAGGGGAGAAGUUUUCUAGCACUUGCUGAUGGUCCUGUCCCCAAGAGCAGGUGGGGAGCAUCCUCCCGAGGGCGAGAGUGGGGAAAUCCACCGGGCACCCCCUCCUGCUCCUUCCCUCGGGCGUCAGGGCACCCGCUCCUCCCGAUUAAAUCAUCUCGAGGUAAUUGUGCCUGUCAUUGAGACAGAUUAACGGGCGACCUUCUGCCACCGGAGCAGGAUUGGCGGCCGCCGCCGAGCUCCCCUUCCUUCCUUCCUUCCUUCCCUCCUUCCCUCCCACCGGCUGCGGCGGCACAGCCCGGCGGAGGAUUCCCAGCCACAACCAGCGAGAUGAUGCCUGGCAGCAGCCGGGGUGCAGCGGGAUCCGCAAGCCGAGGACAACGUCUGCUGGUCCAGCAGCCGCUCCGCCUGGGCAUGAGCAGGACCCGGUGCCCAGCCCGGGGCUGAGCCCCCACCCCGGCCCGCCAUGGUGCUCCCCUGCGCCCACAACGGCGGCGGCCGGCUGGCGCCCGAGGAGCCCCGUGGCCGCAGCAACUCCAUCCCCCCGGCGCAGACCCCCACUGCCAAGCACAUGCUGGCUUACCUGCCCCGGCCGCCCACCGACACCAGCCGGUACGGCACCUUCCCCCAGAAGCCCGAACUCCCAGCCGCCCCUGGGGCUCCGGCGGAGGACGGCUGGCAGCAAGCCGGUGCCGCUGCCACCAAGAGAACCUCCCUGAUGCGAAACUACCCGUCCCUGCCCCGCCGCGGUGGCAUCGUCCCCAGCGAGCCAUCCCUGCCACCAAGCCGCAGCAGCCCGGCCGCCCAGCUCCGUCCCAGCGAUCUGGCCCGGCGCUCACCAGCAGCGGGCGCCUGCUGGUACCCACUGCAGGCGCUGAGCGUGCCCAACUUCCCCAGCUCGGCGCGCAGCAAGACCCCCGCCCGCAGCGCCGCUGUCCCCAUCCCGGAGGGGCUGCAGGGCCGGCGGCGCAAGCUGCUGGAGGAGGACGGCCCCGUGGUCCAGGCCAGCAAGCGGCAGCGGCAACGCUACGUGACCAAGGUGGGCAAGUGCCAGGUGAACCUGGGCAACAUCCAGGAGAAGAAGCGAUUCCUCUCGGACAUCUUCACCACCAUUGUGGACCUGAAGUACCGCUGGUUCCUCUUUGUCUUCAUGAUGUGCUACAUCGUCACCUGGGUGGUCUUCGGCACCGUCUACUUCUUCGAUGCCUGGGCGCGGGGCGACGUCGGGCACCGGGGCGAUCCUGAGUGGCGGGCGUGCAUCGAGAACGUGGAUGGCUUUGUCUCCGCCUUGCUCUUCUCGGUGGAAAGCCAGCGGACCAUCGGCUACGGCUCCCGGAUGGUGACGGCCAACUGCGCCGAGGGCGUCAUCCUGCUGAUGGCGCAGUCCAUCAUCGGCUCCAUGAUCGACGCCCUGAUGGUGGGCUGCAUGUUCGUCAAGAUCUCCCGGCCCAAGAAGCGCGCCCAGACCCUCAUCUUCAGCAAAAACUGCGUCGUCUCCCGCCGAGACGAGAAGCUCUGCCUGAUGUUUCGCGUGGGGGACCUGCGGGACAGCCACAUGGUGGACGCCAAGAUCCGGGCCAAGCUGAUCAAGUCCCGGCAGACGGCCGAGGGGGAGUUCAUCCCCCUGGAGCAGUCGGAGCUGAACCUGGGCUACGACACGGGGGAGGACCGCCUGUUCCUGGUGGAGCCCCAGAUCAUCUGCCACGUCAUCAACCGCCGCAGCCCCUUCUGGGACAUGUCGGCCGAGUCCCUGCGCCGGGAGCAGUUCGAAAUCAUCAUCAUCCUCGAGGGCAUCGUGGAAGCCACAGGAAUGACGUGCCAAGCCCGCACCUCGUACACGGAGGACGAGAUCCUCUGGGGGUACCGCUUCGAGCCCUGCAUGUCCCUGGAGAAAGGAGCCUUCCGGGUGGACUACAGCCGCUUCGAGAUGACCUUCGAGGUGCAGACCCCGGCAGCCAGCGCCAAGGAGCUGCACGAGCUGAAGGAGCUGGAGCGGCAGGAGCUCUCCACGCUCAGCCUCUACUGGGACCACCUCCUGCAGCCCUGCGCCCCACCGGGGACCGGGCCUGGCGAGGAUGCUCUCACCGGGCUGAGCGUCCCCGGUAGCCAGGACGAGCUGACAGAGCGGGGGGCCACCGCCUGAGCCCCUCCCGGGGGGAAGCCAUGGGAUGGGACGUCCAGCCGUGCCCUCUGUGCACGGUGGGUGCCCGGUGGAGGGUCCUGCACCGACUGUGCCAUAGCCCACCCUCCCUCCGUGGGGCUGAGCCCCCCCCACGUGGCAUUAUUUUUGCAAAGUUGUUCUUUUGUAACAAGGACAGCAAGAUCCAAACAACGGGUGAAU